CACAGGAAUCUCCCCACAGUUUUGGAUGGUCUGUAACAUAACAUGACAUGUCAGACAGAUCUGUAUCAACCAUUUCUGCACUAUGGACUAUCCUGUUUAUCUUAUGACUAUUAAUAAUGUGAGUUCAAAGGCCAUCUCAACAUCUGAUGUGUUGAUAUUUUACAAUUGUCAGGAAAACAUAGCAUCUUAAAAUGGGUACUCAAUAUAGUAUUCGACUUUCAUAAAGUUAGGGGACUGCCAAGAGAUAGAUUAAAAAUAUAAUGGUCUAUGCAGCAGAGUUACCCCAACUUUGAGUCCCCUCAAGCACCAUCUAAUAUUCCUCUUUUGUAAGGCUUUGCUCGGUAAAUGUCCUCGUAUCCAGUUUGUAACACCGUCUGCCUAAAUUUGUAUUUCCCUAGCCCAGGCCGAGAUAACUCUUUUGACAUCAUCAGCGUUAUUUAUUAGAAUCAGCAAAUAGUUCUCUCUCUCUUUUCCAGUUAUUCAUUCACCAAACUCAUCUGUAAUUCCCUUACAAAGUUAACAUUAAAUUCCAAUCAAAACCAGAGGGAAAAGGCCUAGUGUGAAGAAAAGUAAGUAGUAGUAGUAGAAGUAGGAAAAAAGCAAGUAACAAUAAGCUGGCUGACUAUUGGACACAUCAACCUAAACAGCCCACAUCACAUUAUAGCAUCCAAGUGGUUUUUGUGAUCAUUGUGAGGUACCAGAUAUAUGCAGGAAAUACUGUAUGUAUCAGAGAGAGAGAGGACAUGUUGGAAGAAAUUAAACGAUUAGGGCUAACAGGAGCAAAAGUAAAGAACAUAGGCUACUGUAGUGUGGUAACAGUGGACAAGGCAGAAGAUGCUCAGUCAGCUUCCUAAUGAAAACAGCACUGAUGAGGAAAAUCUGACAUAGUGGACACUUUAGGAGUUAACUAAUUCCAGAAGAUGGCAGUAGUGCAACAUUAAAGAUGCAAUCUGCCUUUAAAUCCCGAAGAAGAAGAAGAAGAAGAAGAAGAAGAAGAAGAAAUAAUAAUUCCCUUACAUUCCUUUUGAUACCCGGUAAACGUAAACGAGGCAGAGUGAGACGUCCUGCCUUGUUUCCACCUCUCUGGUUGAACUUCCUGAUUCCUCCUUCGCCCCGCCCUCGUCUUUGAAACGACAACAGCGCCAAACUUCAGGGUCCCAAACGGGAAAAUGACUACUGGUGCCAAGGAGCCGCAAUGGAGAAAGGUUCAUUCCGCCACGGGAGUGAUUCCGCGGUCCAGACACGGACACCGAGCAGUUGCCAUACGGGAGCUAAUUGUUGUAUUCGGCGGUGGAAAUGAAGGGAUAGCGGAGGACCUUCAUGUUUACAACACUGUCUCAAGGCAGUGGUUUCUGCCUGCGGUGAGGGGUGACAUCCCACCCGGCUGUGCUUCCCAUGGCUUCGUCUGUGAAGGCACUCGAAUACUGGUCUUUGGUGGCAUGGUUGAGUUUGGGAAAUACACCAACAGCCUUUAUGAACUUCAGGCUAGUCGCUGGCUGUGGAAGAAGCUGAAGCCCAGAGCACCCAGGAAUGGCUUGCCUCCCUGCCCUCGGAUUGGACACAGCUUCACUCUUGUGGGUAACAAGUGUUACCUGUUUGGAGGGCUGGCCAAUGAUAGUGAAGACCCCAACGGCAACGUACCAAGAUACAUGUGCGACUUCUAUGAGCUGGAGCUGCAGUCGUCAUCGGGGGCAAGAGGCUGGAGCAUCCCAGAGACGAAGGGUGGUGGUCCCUCAGCACGGGAGUCCCACACCUCGGUUGCCUACACUGGCCUCGGCUCCCCAAAGCUCUACAUCUUUGGAGGGAUGCAAGGAUGCCGGCUAGAUGACCUCUGGCAGCUUGACCUUGACACAAUGGUUUGGUCAACGCCUGAAACCAGGGGUUUCAGGCCACUUUCCAGAAGCCUUCACUCUGCCAGUGUCAUUGGAAACAAGAUGUAUGUUUUUGGUGGCUGGAUUCCUGUACCAGAGUCAGACGAACACAAUGCUUUAGGAACUGAAUGGAUCUGCAGUGACUCCCUAACUGUACUCAACUUAGACACUAUGAUCUGGCAGAACCUGGGCCCAGAGCAGCAGGGCAAUAUCGAGUCCCAGCUGCAGAUCCAGGGACCCCAGAGUGAGGAUCCGUACGCCUGUAGGCCCAGAGCCAGGGCCGGCCACUGUGCUGCCACUGUCGGGUCCAGGCUUUACAUUUGGAGCGGCCGUGACGGGUUCCGUAAGAGCUGGAACUACCAGGUCUGCUGCAAGGACCUCUGGUACCUGGAGACAGAUCGACCAGCCGCCCCAGAGGCAGUGUUACUCAUCAAAUCCACAGUCAGCAUGCUUCAUGUGGCGUGGCGCCCCCUGGCGGCAGCAGACUGCUACAUCCUUCAGAUCCAGCCUGCACCUCCACCAGCCAAACCAGUCAGUCCAACUGGACUAGGUGGACUGGACGGGAACGGUAAAGACACUGCAGGUGUCCAGUCUCUUCAGCCUCCAACUGGAGGAACCACUAAUAAAGAAGCGAAAGCAUCAGCUCAGGAUGCUUCAGCACAGCAGGAAACUACAGCGAAACUGUUCAGUGGCUCAGCAGAGACCAAAGCACAAGGAGGGAGGAGUGCUGGGAGGGAGACGGAGAAGGACCCUGACACAAAACGCUGCGGUGCUGGACAGGAGACGGCAGCAGCAGAGGUCGGAAGCUCAGCUCAGCGCCAGCCAGAGGAACAACCUGUUUCAGCUGACAAGAAAACCGAUUUCUACGCCCCUACACAUCAGCAGAAUCCAGAUGAAGCCGUGUGGUUUGACGUUGGUGUGUUCAAAGCACUCUUCUCUGAGGUCAGCCACUACUUUCUACCCGCUGACAGCGAACAGGCGUCUGCAGCCAUCAGCAGCCGACCGUCGCACACUAAAGAGCCCUUCCUCCAGAGGAAUCUUGACUACCAAAGCAGAGAGAAGCAGGAGCUGGCUCCAGGUCAGACCUACAGGUUCAGAGUUGCAGGCAUCAACUACUUUGGCCAGGGAGACUUCAGCCCAGUCAGCGAGUUCAAGACAUGCCAACCUGGUUUCCCUGGAGCGCCAUCUGCCGUCAAAAUUACCAAGGCCAACGAUUCGGUCAACAUUACAUGGGAGGCUCCCCCCUCUCCAUCGGGCCGGAUCCUCGAGUAUUCCAUGUACAUGGCCGUGAAAAAGAGUCGCUCCACCAGCUCGGAGCGUCCAGGUCAGAUGUCCUUCAUCAGAAUCUACCGCGGCACCAAGAUGUCCUGCUCGGUCAGCUCCACCCACCUGGAUAACGCCCAGAUCGACUGCUCGGCCUCCAACCGGCCAGCUGUGGUCUUCCGCAUCGCUGCUAAGAAUGAGCAGGGCUACGGUCCGGCCACGCAGAUCCGCUGGAUUCAAGAUCCUAGUAAAUUGCGAACGUCUGCAUCCAAAGCCGACAGCAAUGCUGAGGCUGACCAGGAUGCUGCUGACAGCUCCAGCUAAAAAAAAUGUUUUGGACCAAUGGCACCGUGUUUUGGAAAGACAGUAUGUGCUCUCAGGAAGGUGGCAAUGUUUGCCAAUCAGAUGUAAAUUUGCUAGAUAUUUUUGUUAAUUUAUUUUUUUUAUGUAAUUAAUUAUUCCCUUGUAAAUAGAUUUUCAUAGGAAGAUUGACCACUUGGCUACUUUAGUUAAACCAAUGUUUUGUUAAGUAAUAGGAUGUAGACUAAACUACAAGUAUGAUUUAAGAUUUAAAAAAAUCUUCAAAGGUUGGAGGUGCCUUAGAGUUUAUUGCAACAGCCACUGAUGCUGCUUUAUACAGUAUGUUGUGGUUUUGCAUGAAACUUUUUUUUUAGCGUGGACCACUUUUACAAUCCUAUUGACACAGUGAGGUUAUACAAUACCAGUUAUCUUUACAGUAGAAAUGUUAUUGUUAUAUAUAUUAUAGAUCAUUUACUGUGAUUCAGGUUUGGUUUAAGAUCUUUGUUAAUGUGUUUUCUCACUGUACACACAACCAUGUUGACUACAAACAUGUUUACUAUCCGUUACAUUUCUGCAUCACAUUUGUUGUUUUAUGAUUAUUUUAUUAUCACUACCACCAAAUUGUUCAGAUUGUUUACAAGUUACAACUUUUCUUUUUUUUUAAAUAUCUCUCAUAAAAAAAAAAAAAUAAAUAAAAAAAAUCAAUCCAAAUCAAAAAAUGGAUGCUGACUGCAACCAAAGAGCAGAGCACUACUAAUGUUUCUGAUAUGAAUUAAAGGUAUCAAAAAUGCCCCAGAUAUUACAGGAAGAGAUGUGCGUGUUAACAUUAUUAUUGUCUCUGGUUUGACCCGCUCACCAUUUAGUGGGCAAGAAGUGUGAUUAUUAUCUUCCCUAUCCUCCUCCAUCAUGUCUGGACUCUGGAUUAUUACAGGUCUUUUUAACCAGUGUGGUGAAGGAACAUAUGGGGGGAUUACUAUCCAGACCUCAAAUCAAUGAGACCAAGUGCUGCGUCUCUUCAUGGACUUAAUAAAAAAAGAUUCCGUGGCUGAAGAAGAUUUGGUCAGGAUAGGCAUACAGAGUAUUGUUUAGAUUAAACAUUAUGCAUUUGAUCAAGCUGAAGACUCAUUAUUUCCCUUGAAUAACAAUUAAGAUAAGAGUCAA